GCUGCUCGCGGGAAAUUCGCGGGAGAUGGACGGUCCAAAAACUCGCGUCAACUUCUCGAUGCUCCCGAAGCACGCUGGACAGUACGUGUGCGUGGUGGGCAAGAACUUGGGCGUAAGUCGAGCUCUAUAGCACGUCCAGCUGUGCUGGAAUCUUGUACACGGGAACAUUCAUAAUUGGUAGGUGGGGCCUGGAGGAAUGACGUUGUCCUUGGAGACCAGUGACCAGCAGAAAAUGACUGCACAUUUUUCCAAGCCUCAAAAGGAUCCUCUCUCUGCGUAUGUUGAGUUGGUUGGAAAAGUGGGACCUGAUCUCUCGCUACAAGUGGAGAGAGCGGUUUCUUUUGGAUCUGAGUUUGAUUUGGAUGCCUACAAUGAGGUGGUACAGCUGUCGGCACAGUUACCUGCAAUAUUUCCAUCUUCGUCGUACUAACUCAUCCCCCCACACUCUCUCAUUAUAUCUCACUUCUCAUAGACAUUGCAUGCAUUGUUUUAUGUACGUUUGCUAUAUAUAAUGUCUACGUGACAAAGCUUUGCUGGUUAUAUAAUUUAUUAUAGCUC